CGCCUGGAGGGGGUGGAGGAUGAUUAUACGUUGUAUAUUCUCCGGUGGACAUGAACCCUUGACCAUAAUCACCAUGAAAGCUCCUUCCUGCGAUAUAAAAGCUGCAGUUGCUGCGUAAGUUCUUGAGAAUCCCAAGAAUCAAGCAAAUCGAGGUUGCUCCCAUUGAUUCAAGUGAAUCAUGCGUGGUCUUUUCCUUCUUGCGCUGGGUGCUAUCCCGGCGCUCGUCAGCGGUCAACUCUCUGGCAGUGUUGGCCCAUUGACCUCUGCGUCCACCAAAGGUGCGACAAAAACAUGCAAUAUCCUAAGCUACGGCGCAGUGGCCGACAACUCGACCGAUGUGGGGCCUGCCAUUACAUCGGCCUGGGCUGCAUGCAAAAGCGGAGGUCUUGUCUACAUCCCAUCUGGCAACUAUGCCCUAGACACCUGGGUCACCCUGACUGGAGGCAGUGCGACCGCAAUCCAGCUGGAUGGUAUCAUCUAUCGCACAGGUACCGCCAGUGGGAACAUGAUCGCAGUCACUGACACCACCGACUUCGAGCUUUUCAGUAGCACCUCCAAAGGUGCUGUGCAGGGAUUCGGCUAUGUGUACCAUGCGGAGGGAACCUACGGAGCACGGAUUCUGCGCUUGACCGAUGUGACCCAUUUCUCCGUGCAUGAUGUGAUCUUGGUGGAUGCGCCUGCUUUCCACUUCACCAUGGAUACCUGCUCCGAUGGCGAGGUGUACAACAUGGCGAUUCGUGGUGGCAAUGAGGGCGGCUUGGACGGGAUUGAUGUCUGGGGAAGCAACAUCUGGGUUCACGAUGUUGAAGUGACCAACAAGGAUGAAUGUGUAACAGUCAAGAGCCCUGCCAACAAUAUUCUGGUGGAGAGCAUCUAUUGCAACUGGAGUGGUGGUUGCGCAAUGGGAUCGCUCGGGGCCGACACCGACGUCACCGAUAUUGUCUACCGCAAUGUUUACACCUGGUCCUCGAACCAGAUGUACAUGAUUAAGAGCAAUGGUGGCAGUGGAACGGUGUCGAAUGUUUUGCUGGAAAAUUUCAUCGGGCACGGGAAUGCGUACUCGCUCGACAUCGAUGGCUACUGGAGCAGCAUGACUGCGGUGGCCGGGGACGGGGUGCAGCUGAACAACAUCACGGUGAAGAACUGGAAGGGCACCGAGGCGAACGGAGCGACCCGACCACCGAUCCGAGUUGUGUGUAGUGACACGGCGCCUUGCACGGACUUGACGCUGGAAGAUAUUGCCAUCUGGACCGAAAGCGGCUCGAGUGAACUGUACCUGUGCCGUUCCGCUUACGGAUCGGGAUACUGUCUGAAGGACAGCUCUUCGCACACAUCCUACACCACGACCAGCACUGUCACGGCGGCUCCCUCAGGGUAUUCGGCGACAACCAUGGCAGCCGACUUGGCGACCGCAUUUGGCCUCACUGCUUCCAUUCCCAUUCCGACCAUCCCGACCUCGUUUUAUCCCGGGUUGACCCCGUACAGUGCCUUGGCCGGCUAACAAGCGUGAAAGCAAGGUGGGAUUGCUGUGUCACCGUCGCAGUAGAAGGAAUGUCGGGAGAAGGAGAAGGAGGAGAGAUCAUUGAGUCGUUGAGAUCAUGAGCAGGCUGGUAAUCGUUACCUCACGAUUCCGUAGGGGAUUGUACGUAAGUAUGUAUGUUAUAUCAAUCACAAAGAAGAUCCUCCUUCGUAUCUCAAGAUUUCUUUCAUGCAGGACUAG